AUGACCAAAUUAACACCUCCUAUGCCUACCCAAAGAUGGACCAAAGGGGCAUACUUUAUCUCAACGGACUCGUCGCUAAUCCCCCUCGAAACCCUCAACGACUGGUUCGCAUCAGACGACGUAUACUGGGCAAGGUCACUGCCCCUCGAUAUCCUGAAACAAUCAGUUGAGAACUCCAUGUGCUUCGGCCUCUACUACACAUCCGACCCGCCAGACAAGGCCAGCACAGGGCCCGAGUUCAUCGGCAUCGCCCGAUUCAUCACAGAUUACACCACCUUUGUCUACAUCACCGACGUCUACGUGCUCUCCAGUCACCAGGGCAAGGGUCUGGGUACUUGGCUUGUAGAGUGCAUGGGCGAGGUUAUCGAUGCGAUGCCGUAUCUGAGACGGAGUAUGUUGUUUACGAUGGACUGGGAGCGGUCGGUGCCGUUCUACAAGAAAAUCCUGGGGAUGAGCGUGCAGGAGAGUAAGAAUGGAGAGGGAAUGGCUAUGAUGAUGAAGAAAGGGAAUGGGUAUCCGAAGUAUGACUAUGAAAAUGGAAUUUGA